AUGGUCUUGGCUAAGCAAUGGGUUCUAAAAAAUUUACCGGCUCCUGGUAAGCCAUUCAAUUUUAAUUUUACUGAUCCUGAAUGCACUUUCGAACUAACUGAGAAAGAACUCUCUCCAGAACAACUAAAGAGCGGUGAAAUACUAUUAGAAAUACAUUACUUGUCUAAUGAUCCUGCUCAAAAAUUUUGGAUUUCCUCGAUGGAUAAAAAUUAUGCAAAAGGUGUCCAACCUGGUGAAAUUAUCCCUGCAAGAGGGAUAGCUAAGGUCUUGGCUUCUAAAAACGAAAAGUUUGCUCCUGGUGAUUAUGUCUCUGCAAAAACUGGUUGGACUACCCACGUUAUAGUUCCUCAAUCAGAUAUUAGAGAAGCGAGAAAAGUUGAUAAAGAUAGGGUGGGAAAAUUGUGGUGGUAUUUAUCAGUCUUGGGUGGUACUUCAUUAACAGCGUACUUUAUCUUCUUCGCCUACGCUCAACUGCAAGAAAGAGAAGAAGAUUAUGGCAAAGUGUAUUUAAUAUCUGGUGCUGCUGGUGCUGUAGGUACAAUUUGCGUUCAGUUGGCAUUAAACGUUUUCAAAGCAUCAAAGGUUAUUGCUAUUGCUGGUGGUCCAGAAAAGGUUCAAUUUGUUGAAGCUUUCGGAGACAAUGUCGUUGGUGUUGAUUACAAAGAUCCAGACUUCAAAAAGAAACUUAUCGCAGCCGCUGGCGGUGCAAAUACCGUCGAUUACUUUAUUGAUAAUGUCGGUGGUGAUGUACUAGAGGCUGGUGUUAUACUUUUAAAGCAAAAGGCUAUGUUGAUUGCCUGUGGUGCUAUCAGUGCCUAUAACGAUCCAUCAAAAUUUGUGUUUAAAAGUUACGGCUUUGUUCUAACCAAGAGAUUGGUUAUCAAAGGGGUUUUAGUAACGGAUUAUGUGGAUGAGUUUCCAGAAGCAUUGAAAAAACUAAGUGUUUUCGUAAAAAACGGCCAGAUCGGCUUGGAGAAUUCAGCCACUCUUGAAGAUGGUAGCGCUGAUAAUUUUAAGAAUGUUCCCUUGAUAUGGAAGGGUUUAUUUAGCGGUGCUAAUAAGGGUAAACUUAUUACCGAAGUUAUUAAAAACGACUAG